GCUUGACUCACUUGCGAACCAAACAGCCUCCACCAGCUAUACAUUACCCCAUUGCUCGCCAGAGGCUCUCUCUUUCUCUCACACUACCUGAGAUCCUCCACGAACAACUAUCACAUUGCCGUUUGUCAUAGCAUAGGCCCUAUGACUGCGAACAAAAAGAUAAUACUGCCCGUCGAGGGCGAGCGCAAUGUGCUCAUCACGAGCGCUCUGCCAUACGUCAACAAUGUACCACAUCUAGGCAACAUCAUCGGUAGUGUCCUGUCCGCCGACGUAUUCGCACGCUAUUCUCGCGCACGCGGCUACAACACGCUCUACAUAUGCGGCACCGACGAGUACGGCACCGCGACCGAAACAAAAGCCAUCGAGGAAAAAGUCACACCCCAACAGCUAUGCGACAAGUACUAUGCGCUGCAUGCCGAAGUGUACAAGUGGUUCAACAUCAGCUUCGAUCACUUUGGACGCACGCCGACCACGCAGCAGACAGACAUCGCCCAGGAUAUCUUCACCAAGCUGUACAAGAACGGCUACUUGGAGGAGCAGACGACAACACAACCUUACUGUGAGACGCAUAAGAGUUUCCUGGCAGAUCGCUUUGUCGAGGGCACCUGCCCGCUGUGUAACUACGAAGACGCCCGAGGCGACCAGUGCGACAAGUGUGGGCAUUUGCUCGAUCCACUUGAACUGAAGAAUCCGCGCUGCAAGCUCGAUGGAGCCACACCAGUGCCAAGGGAGACGAAGCACAUAUACCUAGGCCUAGAUAAGCUGCAGCCGGCUGUGGAGGAGUGGUUCAAGAAGUCGAGUCAGGACGGGCUGUGGAGCUCCAACGGCGUCCAAAUCACGGCAUCAUGGCUGAAAGAGGGCUUGCGGCCGCGAGGAAUCACCCGCGACCUCAAAUGGGGGACAGCUGUUCCGCUCGAUGGCUACGAGGACAAGGUCAUGUACGUGUGGUUCGACGCGUGUAUAGGUUACCCAUCUAUCACGGCCACAUAUACCGACGAGUGGGAAAAGUGGUGGCGCAACCCUGACAACGUCAAGCUCUAUCAGUUCAUGGGCAAGGACAAUGUUCCAUUCCAUACGGUCGUCUUUCCCUGCUCACAAAUUGGUACUGGAGAUAAGUGGACCAUGCUGAACACAAUAUCCACGACCGAGUACCUCAACUACGAGAAGGGCAAAUUCUCCAAAUCAAGAAAUAUUGGCGUUUUCGGCAAUAAUGCGAAGGAAACUGGAAUCGCGGCUGAUGUCUGGCGCUACUACCUGCUAUCACACCGUCCGGAGACUGGAGAUAGCGAGUUCGAGUGGGAUGGCUUCAUCGCAGCCAACAACAACGAGCUCCUUAAGAAUCUUGGCAACUUCGUCAACCGUGUCAUCAAGUUCGUCAAUUCCAAGGUAUACGACAGCGUCAUCCCAGAUUACACAAAAUUCGACGACCCGUACUUCACCGAACACAAGAAGAAGGUCAAUGAGCUGUUGAAGAAGUAUAUCGAGGAGUCCGAGGAGGUCAAAAUACGCGCCGCUCUAAGCACCGCACUACAUCUCUCCAGCCAGGGCAACCAACUGCUGCAGGAUAAUCGAUUAGACAACAAGCUCGCGACCGAACAUCCCGAACGCUGCGCAGCUGUGGUGGGCCUAGCACUGAGCCAUAUCCAUCUUCUCGCCAGCUUAAUACAACCGUAUAUGCCCGAUACCACCGAUUCUAUUCUCUCCCAGCUGAACGCUGAAUUCCUCAUUAUUCCCGACAACUGGGAGGCCCGUUCCCUACCCGUAGGCCACAAGAUCGGUACUGCCGGCUAUCUAUUCAGCCAGAUCAAGUCCGAAAAGGAGCAAGAAUGGCGCGAGCAAUUUGGUGGUGAGGAGGCGCGGAAAGCAAAGGACGAGAAGGCACGGAAAGCAGCUGCCAAGAAGGCUGAAAAGGAGAGGAAGAAGGCUAAGAAAGCAGCUGCCGACCCAGGAAAGAGUGUCGAAGCUGCUGAAAAGGGACAGGAUGGACCUGCGGAGAAGACUGCCGAGGAGGAGGUCUCUAGGGGCGUAGAGCAGGUCAGCUUGCAAACGUCAUAGUGUGUUUGUUUGCGCGGGUGCUUCUGAGUAGGCUGAGGGCCUCUAGACUAGGUUGAAAAGUGUAGUGACGUUGUCAUGGCACGUGUGUUCGAAACUGGGUAGUAAGGCUCAGGGCUGUGUUACUAGUAGAAUUUCUCCGUAGUCGUCUGGCAUCAAUGGUAUGCAUUCUCACCACACCUGGGCACCAAGUACGAUUACCCAUGUGUGACAGGGAACUUCAACUCCUCU